AUGCUGUGUCGUAUCUCACGGGCUUACAGCCUGCUUGUCGCCUGGGCUCUCCUGAUCAACAUAUCAACCGGAUCGACUGUUCGCCAUCAGAGUUUCAGGUCACGAUGCCUUUCCUUCGCUCCCGAGACUCACAUUCAGCAUUCCCGACGUACGAUUCUGGAGUAUGUUACCGCUGGCACGAACCUGACCCUUGACGAUAACGAUUCGUCUUGCAAACGCCCAAGCCAAGUAGUGGCUACGGAUAUCUGCCGGGUGGCACUCUCUGUUGCGACUACCCAUCGGUCGAGUAUCACUUUCGAGCUUUGGCUUCCUGAUCAGUGGAGCGGACGUUUUCUUGCAACUGGGAAUGGCGGUGUAGAUGGAUGUAUCAAGUAUGAAGAUCUUGCAUACGGUAGCAGCAAUGGCUUUGUAACCGCAGGUGCGAAUAAUGGCCACAAUGGCACGACCCUUGUUACUGCGCUCGAAAACGAGGAUGUCCUCGUUGACUUUUCCUAUCGAUCUCUACACACAACUGCAGAGGUUGGCAAAGAGUUGGCGAAGCAGUUUUACGGGCAAUGCCACUCAACGUCUUACUAUCUAGGCUGCUCCUUGGGCGGUCGCCAAGCAAUUGGCGCAGCAGACAGAUUCCCGGAUGACUUCGACGGGAUAUUUGCAGGCGCGCCCGCAGUUGACUUCAACAAUUUGUAUUCCUGGAGAGCGAGCUUCCCACUCGUCACUAACAAGUCCGACUCGGAUCCUGUGAUGGCAGAGACCUGGAAGGCCCUGGUCCACGACAGUGUCCUUAGUCAAUGCGAUGGACUUGAUGGCGUUAUGGAUGGCAUUAUCGAGGAUCCGACUCUGUGCAACUUCGAUCCUUCCCUGCUGCUAUGCUCCGAUUCGCAAGACACGGGGUGCUUGUCGCCUGCUCAAGUCAACACAGUCAAAGGGGUGUACAGCCCAUACACCUAUCCGAAUGGCACGCUCAUCUACCCGGCCUUACAACCCGGCAUGGAGAUCGCUGCAUCAGCAGGUUUACUAUCCGGUCAGCCAUUCGCGUAUUCUGUGGACUGGUUCAAAUAUGUCAUUUACCAGAACGCCAGCUGGGACCCAUACACUUAUAGCACGAAAGACGCUGCAGUAGCCAGUUUGAAGAACCCAGCCGACAUCCAAACUUGGCCCCAGGAUCUGGCUGCUUUCCGCAAUCGCGGUGGGAAGCUGAUCAUGACGCAUGGCCAGCAGGACCAUCAGAUCAGUAGCUAUCAGUCUCCACGACUCUACGAACGCUUGCGAGAAGGUAGCGGGUCUAGCUAUCGGGAGAUGGACAAUUGGCUUCGCUUCUUCCGCAUCUCGGGCAUGAAUCACUGUAGUGCUGGGCCAGGUGCGUGGGUUAUGGGACAAGGUGGCGGAGCAAGUGCCACGGGGAUUGGUUUCGAUCCUGAAUCGAAUAUCCUGGCAGCUCUUGUGCAGUGGGUAGAGGGUGAUGAGGCUCCUGAAACGAUUCUGGGUACGAAGUUCGAGAACGACACUGUUUCAAUGGGUCGGAAAUUUCAAAGGAGACAUUGCAGGUGGCCCUUCAGGAACGAGUAUGUUGGUGGGGACGCUUCGGAUCCUGCGAGUUGGAAUUGCAGGCAACCAUGA